UUCAAUAUGAUACCCAGUUUUUAUUAUACAGAAGAAGUGAGGGAAAUGAGAAUAAUUCAUAAUAAUAGAAUAUGUAUAUCCCGUUGUAAAAGCCCAGACUGGAUUACACCAGAUGAUGCUUCUACCUAAGUUCCAUGAGGUGAUCUGAGGAGCAACCAUGUCUGCCCUGUACCCAUCUCUGGAGGACCUGAAGGUGGACCAAGUUAUUCAGGCCCAGGCCAGAGCCUCACCCAGGAUGCCCUCCCUGCCCAUCCAGGGAGCAGCCAUACCCCAGCCUUCAGUUUUGUACCCAAACCUGGCAGAAUUGGAAAGUUAUAUGGGACUUUCCCUCUCCAGCCAAGAAGUCCAGCAGAGCCUGCCUCAGAUUCCAGAGGGUGACAGUACGGCGGUCUCGGGCCCCUGCGCCGGACAGGUGGUGGCACCGGUGUCCGGGAACAGCCUGGGCGUGCGGCGUGCGGAGAUCAAGCCCGGGUUGCGCGAGAUCCACCUGUGCAAGGACGAGCGCGGCAAGACCGGGCUGCGGCUGCGGGCCAUCGACAAGGGGCUCUUUGUGCAGUUGGUCCAGGCCAACACCCCUGCGUCCCUCGUGGGGCUGCGCUUUGGGGACCAGAUCCUGCAAAUUGACGGGCGCGAUUGUGCCGGGUGGAGUACAGACAAAGCCCAUCGGGCGGUGAAGAAGGCAUCGGCCGAGAAAAUAGUCAUGGUUGUUCGGGACAGGCCAUUCCAGCGGACUGUCACCAUGCACAAGGACAGCGCUGGCCAUGUUGGCUUCAUCAUCAAGAAGGGGAAGGUCACCGCUGUGGUCAAAGGGAGUUCUGCGGCCCGCAACGGGCUCCUCACCAACCACUACGUGUGCGAGGUGAACGGUCAGAACGUCAUUGGGCUGAAGGAUAAAGAGAUCACGGAGAUUCUGGCCACGGCUGGAAACGUUGUCACCCUGACCAUCAUCCCCACUGUGAUCUAUGAGCACAUGGUCAAAAAGUUGUCCCCGACCCUGCUUCACCACACCAUGGACCACUCCAUCCCAGACGCCUGAAGCCACAGGAGGGCAGCUCGGGUCCUCCCGCCCUCCUGAAGGAAAUGACAGCCGCCCUUGCCCUCGGAUGACAGGCUGCGGCUGCCUGGGGUUGGGGCUGUCUUGAAGGGCGUGUUCCAGGUGGGUGGACUUCGGAUCGUGUGGCUGUGCCAUUGAUACACAAAAGUCUCCUUGGAGCCUCAGACUCUUAGCCGGGCGGAGGCACUGGUUUAAAUACUGGGCACGUAGGCAGUCUGGCCACACACUUCUUAAAGUUGCAGCUGGUCUCUUUCAAGAUCUUCCCUCUCUCAGGAAAAGUUACAUGUUUUGAGAGGAUAAAACUACAUUCUUUGUGAGAAUUUUUUCUUUGCCUUUACUUGCUCUUUGUCACAGGCUGUAUAUACUUAUACCCCUUUACUGUCUUUUGAAUAAAGAUUUAAUUUUA